UACUUUCAUUUGCAGCGAAACAGGUGAUAUAGUCUCGUUUGGCCAUCACAAAUAUGAGCUCUCCUUGGCACUCUCUUUUCCAAAAGUAUUGUAACAGUAGCUGAACGUAUCGGAAACUUCCCAGUUCCCAUGAUUUACCAUAUUCCCCUUGACUUCCAGUAAGUAGAAAUUAACGAAGUAAUGAUAUAUUUUAACUCUCGAUUGGAUAAUAAAGAGUUAUUCCGUUCCCAAUAGACGUUUCCACCAUCCUUUAUCCUGUUCCUUAACUACUCUCAACUUUAAUAAGAUUAUGAUUACAACCCUCGAGGCGCAGCUUCAGCGGACAUUAUCCCUACGUACUCGGCAGACGUAACGUCACUAACCUACUGGUAGCCUCCCUCAAUACAGAAUGGGCGUUAGGUAUGGGUUAUCCUGGCGUCUUAUCAAGUGAUACAAAGAAAACUUUAUAGGGCAGAGUCUAAUGAAUCCCUGCCUAAAAUAAACAACAAAUGAUGCCUUACAAAGGACAUCAAUCUGUAUUAUUAGUCACUGAUCAGAAAUGAGUGACACCAUGUGGACACAGGAAGUACAACCACACGAACAUAUCCAGGCUUUGUAAUCGAUCUUUGAUUCACUGGUUGGAUCGAGAUUAACUUGUCAUGCCUUCAGUUCCCACUCCACGCUGUUUCAAUGGACGCCUUCGACUUGUUUCGGAAGCUCGGAGCCGGAGCUAAAUUUGAUUUUAAACGGUUUGGAAAAGAUGCAGACCGAUUUAAGGGGGUGAGAUCCGAACAGAAAGAUGGCUCAGACCUGCUCUCUGGCAUAGACUUUUUCGGUACCGGGAUAUACCAUGGCAACCAGGUGAAAUUGGCAGAGGAGCAAGUGGAGAAUGGGGAGGAGGAAAGUGAAGGAGAAAGUGGAAAAGGCAAGAGGAAACGUCAGGAUGAGGUGAAGACUGUCAAGAAGAAGAAGAAGAAGAAAGAUAGUCAGUCUGAGACAGAAGUUGCAUGUGGUGGCCAGCAGGGGGAAAUGGAGGGGGAGGGCAUCCUGUGGACCUCGUCUGCAGACAGAAAGGCUAAAGGACUUCAGAAGGUGGAGAGGGACAAAGAGAAGAUCUCCAUGAAGAGACUCAAGCAGCUGCACCAGGAGAAGGUGAACCGUGUCCGUGCACAGCAUCGUAUCAACGUGCACGGCUGUGAUGUGCCUGACCCAGUGUGCACGUUUUCUGAGCUGCAGUCCGAGUACGGCCUGAACCCACGUGUUCUCCAGAACCUUUCAUCAGCUGGACUCACCACCCCCACCCCCAUACAGAUGCAGGCUAUACCCUUGAUGAUGCAUGGGCGUGAGCUGUUGGCGUGCGCUCCGACAGGUUCGGGGAAGACACUCGCGUUCUGCCUUCCUCUCCUCACUCACCUGAAACAGCCUGCUAACCUCGGCUUCAGAGCUCUCAUCAUCUCUCCCACCAGAGAACUGGCCAGCCAGACCCACAGAGAGUUGGUGCGUCUGUCUGAGGGCGUUGGGUUCAGAGUUCACAUCCUGGACAAGGCUUCCAUGGCAGCCAAGAAAUAUGGACCCAGCUCUAACAAGAAAUAUGAUAUCCUGGUCAGUACUCCAAACAGACUGGUGUUCCUCCUGAAGCAGGACCCUCCAGCCCUCCACCUCAGCAGUGUGGAGUGGUUGGUGGUGGAUGAGAGUGAUAAGCUGUUUGAGGAUGGUCGUAGUGGGUUCAGAGACCAGCUAGCCGCCGUGUUCCAGGCUUGUUCCGGCCCGCGGGUCCGACGAGCGCUCUACAGCGCCACCUGUGUUCCUGAUGUGGAACAGUGGUGUCGCAUCAACCUCGACAACCUUGUUUCUGUUAAUAUUGGACACAGGAACUCUGCGGUGGAGACAGUAGAACAGGAACUGCUGUUUGUUGGAACAGAAAAUGGAAAGUUACUGGCGAUGAGGGACAUCAUCAAGAAGGGUUUCCUGCCCCCCAUGUUGGUGUUUGUCCAGUCUAUAGAGCGAGCCAGAGAGCUGUUCCAUGAGCUGGUCUAUGAAGGCAUUAAUGUAGACGUCAUCCACGCUGACCGAACACAGCAACAGAGAGACAAUGUGAUCAGUAGUUUCCGGUCCGGGGAUAUCUGGGUGUUGAUCUGCACGGCUCUCCUGGCCCGAGGUAUCGACUUCAAGGGAGUCAAUCUGGUGCUGAAUUACGACUUCCCCACCAGCGCUGUGGAGUACAUCCACCGCAUUGGUCGAACUGGCAGGGCGGGACACACAGGGAGAGCUGUCACCUUCUUCACUGAGGAUGACAAACCUCUACUACGCAGUAUUGCCAAUGUGAUAAAGCAGGCAGGUUGUCCAGUACCUGACUACAUGUUGGGCUUUAAGAAGAUCCACAGUAAGGUGAAGCGCCAGCUCCAGAAGAAACCCCCCAAGAGGAGCACCAUCCGUACCACCCCUCACUGUCUCCUGAAAAAGGGUGGAGGAAGAGGAGCGAAGAAAGGAGGAGAGAAAGGAAUUACGUUGGCAGAUGGACAGAAGAAAGGAGCAGAUGGACAGAAGGAAGGGAAGAAGAAAGGAGCAGAUGGACAGAAGGAAGGGAAGAAGAAAGGAGCAGAUGGACAGGAGGAAGGGAAGAAGAAAGGAGCAGAUGGACAGAAGGAAGGGAAGAAGAAAGGAGCAGAUGGACAGAAGGAAGGGAAGAAGAAAGGAGCAGAUGGACAGAAGGAAGGGAAGAAGAAAGGAGCAGAUGGACAGAAGGAAGGGAAGAAGAAAGGAGCAGAUGGACAGAGGACAAAAAAAGAUGAAAAGGUCCAGGGGAUGAGGUAGGAGCUUUGGAUAAAGAAAAAGGAAAGACUGAACAAACAAGCUGCCUGAGAAAAUGGACGGGUGGAUAUAUGAAUAUGGAUAUAUACCGCGUGGUUUGAAUCCUAAAUGCUCAUUGGCUAAUAGCUGUAGUCUAUUGUCAUGGUCUGUUGUCGUAUAACAUCAAGUUACUUUUGGUAACCAGUUUAUAAGAGCAAUAAGGCAUUUCAGGGCUCUGUGAUAUACUGCUCAGAAAAAAAUAAAAAAUAAAAUUAAGAGACCACUGCACCUUUUUCUUUCAUUUCCAAAAAAGUUGAAAAGGAAA